AGGGCAGGCUGGGCUUCCUGGUGUAGGUCCCAGAGCAGGUGUUGGUCUCCAUUGGGUUCACUCCACACACAUGGAUCAGUACCUGGAGAACACACAGGCUGUUUCAUGAGAACCAUCGACAGAACUACAUUCAACUAACAUAAUACAAAAUAUAAAACAGCAAAAUAUAAAACAGCUACAGGUAGAAGUGCAAUAGCUAACCAUGCAAUGUAUUUAUUGUACUUUAGCAAAAGUAAUAGCAAGUUCAAGUUUUAGAAUGAUUUUAUUUACUGGUUUCUGAUCAGAAUUUGGCGCAGGUAUGUACUGUAGGAGCAGUUUCCAAACCGAAGGUCCUCCAAACUUACUCACUCACUCGAAUGGCUCUCGUUAACUUGGAUGUUGUAAUCUGCAAACAAAUAGAGUAGUCUUUGUAAAUCACGUUAAAUGCAGAACGCUGGCAAGCAGCAGUAGAAGACACACGAGUGACUUGUGGUCUUUGGACAGUGGCAUUAGCUAGCAUGUAAGCCAUUUCUUGUUACCUAGCCAGCUAACUUCAUUACUUCAGCAGGACGUUUGAGUAGAAACACCAUAAUGUGUCUAAAUACAACUAGCAUAAACAUAUAUCAAGGCAAUGAUAAGGUAUGUCAAAACGGACUAAUUCAUGAGAGAAGUUGUAAGUGGCUGUCCUCCCCUCUGUUGCCUCCGGGUGGCGACAGCAGGUCAUUUUUAAACAUCCGUGUUUGACCGCAGAUGAUCCAUUAUAUUAACCAGAUAUGAGAACAAGAUUCCCACUAGUCAGCCACAAAGUCCAAAUUGGCUCUAUUAAACAUUCAUCAAAACAAACAUUUGAUUUUUGGUUUUAAUAUAAGGUUAGGCAUAAGGUUAGCGGUGUGGUUAAGAUCAGGGUUAGGUUUAAAAUCACAUUUUAAGAAGAACUCUUCGCUUGGUGAGCGAAAAAAAAAAACAGUUGCUGGAGAAGACAGAUUUUGGGCCCAGCUAUCCCUCUCGCUUUCCUGCUACCUCUCUGAUUUGACUGAUCAGCAUUUGACUCUCUCCGCAAACGUAAAACGCCUUUUUCAUUUGAUAAACAUAACAUUUUAUUCAAAACAUUAGGCAAGCAUGCUUGCUUACUAAAUGCAAAACGCUGUAUAUUAUAGAUGAUACAGAGUAAUAUACUCUGAAAAUCUGUCUGUUAGCUAAAAUGGAAAAUAAAUUUAUCCAAUGGAAGAAACCAUGUCUAAACAACAUAACUUAGAUGUCAGCAAGAAAGGAGGACAUCUCACAUAUUGUUUCUGCCAUAAACAACUCAGCCUAUUAUUUCACCACCAGCUCCUGUUCUGGAAGGAUUCUUCUCAUAGAUGGGCACUCUUUGGCAAUAAACUCUGGCUUUAGAAACUCUGGAUUGACUGUAGACAAGAAGGGCAAAAUCAUAACGGUCCUGGUGAAGGAGGACUACAUCUACUUCCUGGUGGAAGUAGCCAAUCAGAAAAUGGAGGAAAAUGUCAAACAAAUUGAGAGGUUCUACGAGUGGCUACAGUCUGCUUUGCAACCAGCUGAACCUCAAAGCCCAAGUAGACAGGAGAUGGAGGAGAAAUCUGUUUACAAGCAACGGAGGAAAAGAGGACAGACAAACGUUUAAACAGACACUCAGACAGACGCCUGCCAAGACAACAGAGACAUUAAUCCAGUUGAGCUUGAGGACUGCUUGGGCAGGGGGCUGGAUCUGUUCACAUAGACAAAUCAAAUCAAAUACAUUUGUAUUUGUCACGUGCUUCGUCAACAACGGGUGUAGACACAACAGUGAAAUGCUUACUUACGGGCCCUUCCCAACAAUGCAGAGAGGGAGAGAAAAUAGAGAAAUAAUAGAAAAGUAAUAAUUCAAGCAAUAAUAAAUACAUAAUGAGUAAUGAUAUCUUGGCUAUAUACACUGGAUACCAGUCCCAAGUCGAUAUGCAGGGGUACGAGGUAAUUGAGGUAGAUAAGUACAUAUACA